CUGUAACAGCGCCUAACGACGUCGGCGUCGUAGUGUCGGUGAGGAGCCGUGGUCUUAUGCUCGCCAUUUUUGGGUUCCCCACCCGCGACUUUUGGAAACCCAACGUCGACGGGCGUCGCGACGGCACUCGACUCGCGUCGCUCUGCUCGCUCGGCGAACUCGUUAGUUACGUGAGGAAAGUCGCAAAAACAAAGCCGCCACCAUGGACGCGAUCAAGAAGAAGAUGCAAGCGAUGAAGCUUGAGAAGGACAACGCGCAGGACAAAGCCGAUACCUGCGAGGGACAGGCCAAAGAGGCUAACCUUCGUGCGGAUAAAAUCCUCGAGGAGGUCGGCGACCUACAGAAGAAGCUUCAGCAGGUCGAAGCUGAUCUCGUGGCCAACAAACAGAACCUGGAGCAGGCCAACAAGGACCUAGAGGAGCGUGAGAAGUCCUUGACCAACGCCGAGUCCGAGGUGGCUGCUUUGAACAGGAAGGUCCAGCUUAUUGAGGAGGAUCUUGAGAGAUCCGAGGAGCGUCUUAACACCGCUACUGCCAAGCUCGCUGAAGCUUCCCAGGCUGCUGACGAGUCCAGCCGUAUGUGCAAAGUAUUGGAGAACCGUUCCCAGCAGGAUGAAGAGAGGAUGGAUCAGCUGACGAACCAGCUCAAGGAAGCACGUCUGCUUGCUGAAGAUGCUGACGGCAAGUCCGAUGAAGUUUCCCGCAAGCUGGCCUUCGUUGAAGAUGAGCUUGAGGUUGCUGAAGAUCGUGUCAAGUCUGGUGAAGCCAAGAUCAUGGAACUUGAGGAAGAAUUGAAGGUCGUCGGAAAUAGCUUGAAGUCCUUGGAAGUCUCUGAGGAGAAGGCCAACCAACGAGUCGAGGAAUUCAAGCGCCAGCUGAAGACCCUGACUGUCAAGCUAAAGGAAGCUGAGGCUCGUGCUGAAUUCGCUGAAAAAACUGUCAAGAAGCUGCAGAAGGAGGUUGACAGGCUCGAGGAUGAGCUUGGAAUCAACAAGGACAGAUACAAGUCCCUGGCCGACGAGAUGGACUCCACCUUCGCCGAAUUGGCUGGCUAUUAAAAUCAAAUAUGGGAGGACCCAUUUUGUCUUUUUAUUUUCAUCUUGAUUUUGGAUCAGACACAAACACAAGGCCGAUCCCCAUGAAAACAUUUGGAACGCUGGAACAUCGAUAAUAUAUUUAAGAACAACAAUGAUAAUGACUAUCAACCGAAAGAAAGAUCCAAAAAAAUAUGUAGAAACGACAAGUAAACAAAUGGUUUUACUUUGUUUUGGUUUUUUUUCCUUUGUGGCUACAGUUUACUCGAUCUAAUGAAUACUGUCACCGUUUCAUGCACACAUCUAUUGAUAAUAAAAUGAAUAUAUUGAUAUAUUACAUGAAUUAAUAUUAUUGCUACGUAUUGUACGAAACUCUACGGUAUGAAUAUAUUUAAUAAAAAUGGCUGUAUAUGUUUUAAA